AUGCAUCUCCUCAACCAGCUAGCUGCGCCGCCUAGCCUCGACAGGGUCCUCCGGCCGUUGCUUCUCAUCAACAAUGUCGUUGCCAUGAGCCUCAGUUUCGCUGCGGGCGGUGCUCUAUUCAUCGUGCUGGGCGUCUUCUUCGCGGUCUCCAUCGUCUUCAACAUCCUUGUGGUCCUUUUGACAGUCGGCCAGAGACAACUGAGAUUGAACACUGCCGGUGAUCCGCAGUGCCCUUCCCUCAUUAUUCUGGCGAUCGAGACCUUGGGUGUCAUGGCGUUCCUGGUGCUCUAUGUCUGCACGACCAUCAAUGCCGCCGCUGGCGGCCGCUACUACUACGAUGAGCCGUCAGUGAUGAUGUUGUCGUACGCCUCUAUUGGGGCGCUCGUUGCAAUGUGA